ACAGUAAGACCUGACCCUGUUCCGAUUAUCGACCUUGUCUCUUUGCCUCAUGUUUUUGGAUACUGUUGCCUCUCUUGGAUUGCCUGCCUGUGUACCGACCUAUGCCCGUCUAUUAAACCUCUCUUUUUGGAAACUGUCAAUUUGUUUUGGAGUCGUGCAUUUUUGGGUCCUAUCCUCUGUUCCGUUCAUGACAGAACGAACUGGCCAGAACAUGGACCCAGCAGACUCAGACCCGGUGCGCAAGGCCCUUCAAGCGCAGGGUCAACGCCUCGCGAAGCAGGAUGAGCAGAUUGCCGCCCUCCACCUUCAUCUAGAGGGACUGUCAAGGAAUCAGGACAAUAUGAUGAGACAGGUGGCCUCGCAGUUUGAACUUCUUUUGAAAUUUUUUCAAGAGAAGGAACCAGUGGGCACCACACCCAGUACUGCCACGGUAUUUCCGUGUGAAGUAGUGACCAUGCAGCCACCUGCCACCUCCGCUGCUGUCUGCCCACAGCUCUCUCGACCGGAGAGGUUCUCUGGAGAAUCUGGGAACAUUAAGCCGUUCAUCACGCAGUGCGAACUCCACUUUGAACUCCACCGAGCGGGCAAAGAUCGCAUUCGUCAUUUCCCACCUGACUGGUUGUGCGGAGGCGUGGGCUACUGCUGAAUGGAGCCGCAAUUCCGCCGCGUGUCAUUCAUGGGCUUUUUUCGUCAAGACUAUGGAGCAAAUUUUUCAAUUUUCCACUCCUGAUCGUGAGGCAGCUCGCUCCCUUGUCACCUUACAACAAGGCAAGCGCAGGGUGUCAGAUUACGCGAUUGAGUUUCGCAUUCUAGCAGCUGAGACUCAUUGGAAUAAUCGGGCGCUACUCGAUGCCUUUUUUCAAGGACUAUCCCCCGCCGUCAAGGAUCAUUUAGUCCCGCUAGAGCUGCCACCCGACUUGGACACUCUCAUCGCUCUCGCCCUCAAGAUCGACAGAAGGCUUUUGGAUCGCGAGCUGGAUGGAGAUCGGCGCAGGGAUGCUUCACCGCGCACUUGGAGGACGAGCCUCGGUGACAAGCCAAACCAAGGCAGAUUCCCUGCUGCCAGUCUCAAUCCACUGGCUAGCGUCACCACGGAUGAGCCCAUGCAACGGGGCAGGUUCCGUCUCUCCUCUGAGGAACGUCAACGCCGGCUGAGGGAAGGGCGGUGCUUCUACUGCGGUCAGUUGGGUCAUUCCGUGAGCAACUGUCACGUCAAAGUUGCCGGUGCCGGUAGCCAGGGCACGGGAGAGGUGAGUCUGAAUUUCAUUAAGGAAGACCCUACACGGGUUCUUCCUAAAGUGACACUAUGCUCUCCUGAUUUAUCUCAAGUGCCCACCUGUUAUCAGGAUAUUAAAGAUGUUUUUUCCAAGUCCAAGGCCAAAUCCCUUCCACCCCACAGACCUUAUGACUGUGCUAUUGACUUGCUGCCUGGAACCACACCCCCACGAGGGAGGUUGUUCUCUCUUUCAGGGCCGGAACACAAGGCCAUGAAGGAAUACGUAGAAGAAUCACUGGCAGCCGGGAUCAUUCGCCCAUCUUCAUCCCCUGCGGGAGCAGGAUUUUUCUUCGUGGACAAGAAAGACAAGACCCUGCGACCCUGUAUCGAUUACCGGGGUCUCAAUGAGAUCACGGUAAAAAACAGCCCCAGAAUCCACAGUUCCAGCAGCAUUAACCUUGGUGAGACGCUUUAGGAGGACCUGGGAGCGAGCCCGCCAGAUGCUGCUGCGCCAGGGACGGUCCUACAAAGCCGCUGCUGACCGUCGGAGGACACCGGCCCCGAACUACAAAGUGGGUCAGCGAGUUUGGCUUUCGACCAAACAUAUUCCACUCCGGGUGGAGUCCAAGAAGCUCGCUCCCAGGUUCGUUGGGCCCUUCCCCAUCACAAAAAUAAUCAACCCUGUCACCGUGAAGCUGAGGCUCCCAAGGUCUAUGCGGGUCCACCCUACUUUUCACGUCAGCCUACUCAAGCCAGCCCGGGAGUCCCCUCUGGUCCCGCCUUCCAGGCCCCCUCGUCCCCCCCGGUUUGUGGAUGGGGGCCCUGUCUUCUCUGUGAAGCGGCUGUUGUCAUCUCGUUGGAGGGGCAGGGGGUUUCAAUAUCUGGUGGACUGGGAGGGCUAUGGGCCUGAGGAGCGUUCCUGGGUACCGUCUGCGUUUAUCAUGGAUGAUUCGCUCAUUCGGGACUUCCACGUUGCGCAUCCAGCAUUCCUUGUUUCCACCUCAUAGAUUCACAGUAAGACCUGACCCUGUUCCGAUUAUCGACCUUGUCUCUUUGCCUCAUGUUUUUGGAUACUGUUGCCUCUCUUGGAUUGCCUGCCUGUGUACCGACCUAUGCCCGUCUAUUAAACCUCUCUUUUUGGAAACUGUCAAUUUGUUUUGGAGUCGUGCAUUUUUGGGUCCUAUCCUCUGUUCCGUUCAUGACAAAAUCCAAUUAUUUUUGGUUCCUUGCAGUCAACAAAUUUUCACGCUUCGAUUUUGUUACAUGAUGAAAUAAAUCUUCAGUCACUGCUCCGUGGUUAUUACUUUGAAUCACAGUUUGAAGAAUGGCAUUUAAUGAUCGCAUAAAUGAACUGUUCUCCCUCUCCACCUAAGCUGACCAUUUCAGAUUCUUCUACUGUUUUUUGACUGCUGUUACUGGGCGUGGCACAUUUACAGUAUUUUUUGUCAGUUAAGGAAAAACGUUUACUUCUCCCAAAAAUAAUGUUCAAAAACAAAUAAUACCCACUGCUAAUAAAAGUGUACACUUA